CAUUUCCCCCCCGCCGAGAUACAGCUUGUAACCAAGGUUUAAGUGCUAACGUCGGAGCUAGCUGAAGUCUGAUAUGACAGUAGCCUGCAUGAUAGUACUGCGCAGAUGCCUAUUUUUACAGUUGCUCGACGAAACCGUGUUGCAGGGUCUCAGCUGUUGUGUGUUAUGAUUUUUAUGCGGACGAUGUUUACACAUGUAGAUGUGUGAAAGGAGUCGGUGGGUAAAUCCGUGCGCUAACGAGAAGCGUGUGUCGUCAACGGCUCUGAACUGGAAAUGCGACGUGUCUUGUGGACAACUAGCAAUGGUGCAAGGACGCCAAGCGUCAUCAAGUAAACAAGGUCCAUCGUCGCGUUUGAACAGGGCAUGCCUAUGCUGCUGCACUAACUGUAAAAUGGUGUGACAAUUGAAGCAGGCCCUUUCUGAAAAGAACUGGAUACAAACAUUUGGGAAAAUGGAGCCAAACCCUCACUUCUCUGAAUAUGGAGAUGUUAAGGAUGUACAGCAGGAAGAUGACGACAUUGGGCAAGAGAGCACCAUUAUCGAACCCGACACGUGUGACGUUCAUGAUCACCCCGCUCAUGCUACUCGCUGUGGCUGGGAGUCUUUUCCCUGCGAGCAGUGUGGGAGCUGUUUUACCAGCCGUGAAGGCCUGGAAGGACACAUGCAUAGCCACUCUUUGAUAAAGAAUGUGACGCAUGCAUACAAAAGCAAGAGUGGGGAUAUGGCAUCCGGUUUGGAUUUCGAUCCGCUGCAGCAUGACAACGCGGAGCCUUCAGUUUCAGUCAGCUCAGAUGCCCACAUUGAAAGCACAAAUACCGCCGGACACAACUCCGUCCUACCUGACGAGCACUUGUACGAGCAUUACGCUUGCAGCUACUGUGAAAAGAGAUUCACUACCUAUCCGAACAAAGAGCAGCAUGAGAGCACAGUCCACGAGCGGCAUCCGCAAAUCGCACGAGCGCAACAAAGUGAGAUGCCCUAUGAGGGAAAUCAACAGCAGAUAAUCAUUGCGACGUCAAAUCACAGGGCCCAGCCUGAAGUGGUGGACGAUGAAGUGGAACACGCUGGAAACUACAUGCUCGACGUCUCCGGCGGUAUCUCGGAGAAUCUCCGAUUUUACUUUGACGGGAAAAUUGUGUCGACGAGCACAAUGAGCAGCUGCGAAGCAGCCGAAGUUCACGCCGCGUGUUCGACUUUGGUUGGACUGGAUGCCCUCAUUCUGGAUCCCACUCAGUUGAACCUGGGGUUAAGUAUGGAUUCCAUCCUGAGCAACCAAGAGUUGCCGGGCCAAGCGCUUGCCAGGAGAAGAACCGCAACACCUCCUCUGUUACCCCAAAUCCAAACGGAACUCGAAUCGGAGGUGGCGGUGUCGUCAUCCUCCUCGGAACCGGUGACUGCGUUCACGGAGAAUCCGCUUCCUCAAAUGACAGAGUCUUCACUUACACCCCCGAAGCCAACCAUUGUGUAUCUGUCCCCCAAAGUGAAUCGGCUACAAGAAAAUCAGGAAAUUCUGCUUCCAGAUGGCCAAACAGCUUGCUCGUCCGUCUGCGCCGCGGCAAGAAGGUUUAAAAGAAGGACCGUCUCUCCACAAAGUUCUCCUCAGCACAGCACAACAUCCGAUGAGGAAGCAGCAACGACGGAUACGGAUGGUGAUGCUGUUAGUUUGAGGUCCGUGGACACCCAGGGCUCUCUUUUGCACCAGAGUGCCAGCGAAAGAGGAAAUUCAUCCCGGAAGAUUGAGGAAGCUCAAGCAAUUCCUCUUUCAACAGAGAGCUGGCCUCCUGCGACGGUUGACAACCGCUGCAGUCAGCAACCACUGGAUCUCUCCAGUACAAUGAAACGAAAGGACGUCGGGAAUUCAGACGAUGGAUCCGCGCUGGAUCUCAGUUUGCAAAAAAGCAACCUUGAAGAAUCUGGGCUGAUAUCAAAUUUCGUGUUCCCCUCGGAGGAUCAUUUAAAUGCGUGCCUGCAGGAGAGGGCCUUCCUGAGCGUCGGAGAGCAAAAUGGAAGCGGCGCGAGCCAGGAAACGCCUCUUGUGUCGGACCUCGCCAUUGUUACGGGUUCCAAUAUGGCCGACUCCGUCGCAGAGGGACUCGUUUAUGGACUUUCGCUCCGCUCGUGUCCUCUGAAUUCUGCACCGGUCACCCUCACACCUCUUGCGUUGCCACCAGCCGCACCUUGCACCGUAUCAUUCGCUCCGUCAGGGACGCACCCGGCACUGCCAACCGCGCCAUCAUUAAUCACGGUUCUGGCUCCACCGCUAUCUCUUCCGAGCCCCUCAAGCCAACAGAUUCAAGUCCUGGCUCCAAAUGUAUCACCGGAGCCGCUGGUACUUUGCGCGGAAAACGCCAUCAAUUCGACACAAUGCGAUUUAACAUCUGCGUUUGCGGCGACCAACGCCGCGAACCUUGUCGCUCUCUCGCAUCCACUCGGCCCCUCUUCAAACCUGUUUCUCACCGAUCAAAUUUCUCUGAACCCCCCGUUUAACGGAGACCACGGCAUAUGUGAGGUGCCGUUCGCACCCGCCGCAGCGUUGAACGAUCCCCUCAUCAACUCGUACAACAUCACGAGUAACACAGUCCUGAUCGAAUGCACCAUUUCCCUCGAAACGCCGGGGAAUGUCCCCGCCGCCGUUCCUGCGCGAGACGGCGCGGAGUCUGCAGUCUGCGCGCAGAUGCUUGUUAAUCACAUCGAGCGGCAACAGAUGCUGUCAUUGCCCAACGCGGCCACCGUGGACCCGGCCAUCCUCAUUUCCUCCAUCGAAGAGUCCGUCAGGUUGUCGUCAAGCACCUCACUGAUGCCGGAUUUUCCCGCCAAGGCUGAAGAACCGGACCAAGACUUAGCCGAAGAACCUCCAAAUGCGGAAGAAGAGGAACCUGGCGUGUUUCUGGCCAAGGCUGAAGAACCGGACCAAGACUUAGCCGAAGAGCCUCCAAAUGCGGACGAAGAGGAACCGGACGUUUUUCCGGCCAAGGCUGAAGAACUGGACCAAGACUUAGCCGAAGAACCUCCAGAUGCGGAAGAAGAGGAACCUGGCGUUUCUCCGGCCAAGGCUGAAGAACCGGACCAAGACUUAGCCGAAGAACCUCCAAAUGGGGACGAAGAGGAACCUGGUGUUUUUCUGGCCAAGGCUGAAGAACCGGACCAAGACUUAGCCGAAGAGCCUCCAAAUGCGGACGGAGAGGAACCGGCCGACGGGACCGAACCAGGAACAGAAGUCGCGACCGACAUUACUGAAUCCGUGGCAGAAGUGGCGACUGACGGUACCGAAUCGGGCGUGGUCGUUUCCGUUGACGACUCGAAGCGCGUUGAGAAUGUCGAAGAGACGGAACCGCCGAGCGACGCGGAGCCGCAGACGUUCGCCAAGAACUUCAUCUGCAAUGUCUGCGACCUGCUGUUCCACUCGAUGAAAGAACUCGGCCAUCACGUUAGCGAUCACGCAGAAGAAUGGCCCUACAAAUGCGAAUUCUGCGUUCUGCUCUUCGAAAAGCCCUCGGCUUUGCUCGACCACCGCUCGAGCCUUCACGGCGUCGACAAGACUUACCUCUGCAGCGCGUGCCCGAAGGACUUUGUUUACCUCUGCAAUCUGAAACAGCAUCAGGAGGAAUUGCAUCCCGCCCAGCAAUGUACAUUCACUGAAGAAGAAAAAGGGAAAGUCAGAUCUCAGAAUUACAACUACUCUGCCAAAGUCAGCGCCGAGCUCGCAUUGCCCGACGGGUCUGCCGAGCAGGUGAAAAAGGAAGAGAACGAAGCCGACGCGGCUGCCGAAGAAUUGUUCACGACCAUUAAGAUCCUGGCCUCGGACGGAGGCAAAUUCAAAGCGCCCGAUGUCCGUCUGGGCAUUAACCAGCACUACCCCAGCUUCAAGCCUCCGCCCUUCCCUUACCACAACAGGUCACCCGCCGGCUCGCCGGCCUCGGCCACAAAUUUCACCACCCACAACAUCCCUCAAACCUUUAGCACGGCCAUUCGCUGUACCAAAUGCGGGAAAAGCUUUGACAACAUGCCGGAGCUGCACAAGCACAUCCUGGCUUGCGCCAACGCCAGCGAUAAGAGGCGCUACACGCCCAAGAAGAAUCCCAUCCCGCUGCGACACUUUGCAAAGAGCCAGAACGGCGUCCUCUCCACGACCAAUUCGGAAAAUGAAUCCAACGCCUCCAACGGAGGCAACCGGUCCACGCAGUCCUCAGUCAAGAUGAAGUUGAAAUUACUGAACAAAAGGAAGCGAAAGCUGGCCCAGAGGGUCACGCCCAAGCGGAACAAGUCCUUGCCAAACAAAGCGUCGCCUCCCCGCGCGGACGAGGACGUAUUUGUCUGCCCUCACUGCAGCAGGGAGUUCACAAUGCGACGCAGCCGAACCAAACACAUGGCGGUCUGUCCCCAAAAAGCCAGAGAAGCGAGGACCAGGAAAGAGGGAGGGGUCUCCGUGACAAAGGAAAACGACGGACGGCUCCAUCGAGGGGUCUCUCACGCGAACGAGCAACGAGCCUCGGCUCAUCCUCGGACGAGACUCCAGACGUCGCGGCCGGCGAAACGGCCCGCCCCGCCUCCCGCACCGACGAGCUUUCUAAACAAGAGGCCUAAACUAGCCACAAAGGAGGAUUCCCAAAAUGACAUUUCCACUUUAAACGACCUCCCCGCGGUCCGUCCUUUCAACCCUCCUCUGCGGCAGUACACGCGAGUGCAUCAUGGCGUUAAACUCUCUCCGGCGAAACAACAACCACCACCACCACCGCUAAGUGAGCUUCCUACGCCGAUUCGAGAGGAAGCGACCGCUGGCGGCAGCUCUGGGCAAAGCGCGACCGCUUGAAGACCUUUCGGCUCCCCUGUCAGGACGGUGCGCACCCUUGACACCUCUUCACCCAGCUAAGGCUUGAUGUCCUUUACACUGUACAAGAGAUGACUGAACGAAGGACAGGAGGAAAAAAAAAACAAAAAACGGAACUACGACUGCGAGUAGAGAGACUAUGUGAUGGCUGGCGCAGUUUGGAGGUCCGUACGGUCCUCCACUUUGUCGAAUUUUCCGUUUUACAUCCUGGAUUUGCACUUUGAAGUUAAUCUGACAGCAACGUGUUGUCGAGGAAAUUGGGGGGGGGGGGGGGGGGGGUGUCGAAGCCGAAAGGCUUCUCUCAUUUCUCGCUUGGCGGGCUACUCGGCUGAGGAUGGCAGGCAGCAAUCACUGUUGGCGUGGAUUUGCACUACUUUUUCCUUAUCGGUCAUAUGUUGCCUUUUUGAGUUGAAAUUCUUGACUGCAUGUUCUGUGCUUGUUCUGCAGUUGUGUGAUCUUUAAACAUUGAAAAUAUAACUUGCCGUUAACCUUUCAAUUUGAGGCGAAUCCGUGAACUGAGUAUGAAAGCUUCUCUUCACAGUUGUUCAGGUUGCAGGCGCUGUUGGAAAUAUCGAGAAGCAACUAUUGGGAUUGUCUCAUUUGGCGGGGUUAACUCAAGUGAGAAAAUCGGAGUAAAUCUAGUCAUCAGUGUCCUUUCUGUGUAUUUAUAUGAAGAAACAUUUCUAUUGCUUACACGCCAUUAAAUGAUGAUGGCUUGAUAGCCUUAUGGCAUACAAAUCAAGGAUUAAAGUUCAGUGUUGGCCCACUGAAGUUUAUUAUUAUUAAAUUUAUUUUUUUUUGCAGUGUAAAGUACUGCACCCGAAUUUGAAUUACUUUCAAUGUGGUAAGCUCAUAGGUCGGAAAUUUUCAGAGGUGAAAAGCAGCACUCUGCCGCUAUCAUGGCUCAUAAAUGAUAUGUUUUGUCUUUUUCUUUUCAGUAGUCAUCAACUGUAGAAUUGAAGCACUUCAUCCAAGCUUACCGUCUGCUUCACAUUUUAUUGUUCAAAUAUGGACACUCAAUUGAAAUGUGAAUCCAAACGACAAAGUCAGCUCGUUUAGUUUUUAAACCGACUGUUGAAAAUUGCUUUGAAUCUCGUUUGCAGAAAUACUCAUAAGCUAUGAAUUUAAACAGGGUACUUAUAUGAUAUCGAAAUUGAUUGCAUUUCUAAUUUAUGGGAACUGAAACGUGUGAGUCAUAUUUUUUUUAAUACGGCGAUAAACUUUUCCCUCUGCGAUUCAUGUAACUUCUCCCACAAACUGCAUUACGUUGGAUGUACAGGGUGUUAAGGGGGACAGCUAUCUGACUGUGAACGUUUGUGUAGCAUUUUAAAAUGUAAAUGAAGUUAUGUAUAUUUAUUAAUUUAAAACCAUGUCAUGAUAUUUGAUGAAGUUGGAAGUUGUUUAAUUUGCACACGCACCCCAAUCCCCUCUCCCGCCCCGCUCCAGCGUGUGGUCAAAAUAAAUGCAGAAUGUCGGUGUCAAAUCUGUGUGUGAAGAUUUGUUUGCAACCAUGUGCGAAAUGCCAGAUGCCAUUGAACAAGUCAUUCAAGGAAUCAACAACACUGUCCAGAAGACUGCGAGACUGCAGACACACCAGAGUGUGUGUUUAAUAAAAAAACACAA